AUGAAAGUGAUCAGCCUGUGCCUUCUGGUCGUGGCCUCGGCCAGCUUCCUCCUGACCACCGCCAACGCCAAUGCCGUGGAUGCCUUCGAGGACUUCGAGGACUUCGAGCACUACACCGAUGCCGAGCUUGAGGAGAUGCUCGAACACGAGAUGCUCGACCUGGACAACGAGUAUAUGGGCGUGGAGGAGUACGGCUUCAUCGGAGAGUGCAGGAAGAUUGUGUGGGCUGGCUACAAGGGCGUCAACGGCACCAAGUGCCUCGUCGAGGAGGUGGCCAAUGUCCUGCUCGCCUGCACCAGCUACGUGGACGACCUGGCCACCUGCACCGGCAACAUCCCGCGGGACGUUAAGCUCAUGCUGAAGAACGCCAAGCAGAUGAUAGUCAUUAGCAACAGUAUCAUCCAUCUGAACUCCCAGCUCUGCGCCGCGAAGAGCAGGGGCGUCGGAUCCACCGUGAAGAGCAUUGCCAAUUGUGCCGGAAAGUUGUCGGUCGCCACCAUGAAAAUCGCCCGCCGUGUUAACAUUAUGAUCAAACUGGGCGCUGUUUUCCCCAAGAACACCGCCACCUGCUACCGCACAGCCACCAGCAAGGUGGUCGCCGGCUGCAACGCCUUCUUGCCCAACUGCAAGACAUGCAUUGCCAGCAUGACGUAA